AUGGCUGGGUUUGUUGACGGUAUUACAGACCGUGGAUCAGUAAGCGAGAAGACCAUAAUGCAUUACAAAAGCUCCCAUACCAUACUUCUGGUCGGAGAAGGCGACUUCUCCUUCUCUGCAUGCUUGGCCAAAGCCUUUGCCUCUGCUGCCAACAUGGUUGCCACUUCCCUCGACUCGAAAGAAUUGCUGCUGCGUAAGUACAGUCGUGUGGCUGCCAACUUAGAAGCGUUGGGGCUGCUUGGUGGCACGGUGUUGCAUGAAGUGGAUGCGACAGAGAUGAGCCAACACUGCAGCCUCUCGUACAAGGAAUUUGAUCGUAUGGUAUUCAACUUCCCACUCCACCAACAUCUUGUGAGAUGGUUUCUUAGGGAAGCAAGGAAAUUGAUGAGUGAUAAAGGUGAAAUUCACAUAACCCACAAGAUCUCAUAUCCUUAUUAUGAUUGGGAGAUUGAGGAAUUGGCAAAAAAGGAGGGGCUGCUUCUGAAUGAGAAGGCGGAGUUUAAUCUGUGGGAUUAUCCAAAUUAUGAGAAUAAAAGAGGGGGAGGUGGCAACAGCGACCUCACUUUCCCCGUCGGUGCAUGCGUUACAUUCAAGUUCGUGAAGUACUAA